GUCAGAAUAGGUUAUUUUGUGUCCUCUCCAAAUAUAAUGUUUUUCUACUUUUUCUCUUGAAUUAAUACAGCCAAAUCGGUUGAUCCACCUUGAUAUCUACAAGCAUGUCUUUCUCCGACAUAAAACAUGCUAUCAGAAAGUAUGAGUUUCCCCAGAGCGCCAGAGAAGCGCUUGUUAGAGUCGAGCAAAUGCUCACCGGGCGCGGUGCACCGACUGCCAAGCAGCUAGAUGGUGUGAUGGACAUCAUAGCUGAGUUUAUAUUCUGCGAGUCAGACCGUCGCGGCGGCCGCCGGGGUGCCGGCCUCAACCCCCUGCAAGAAUUACAGCUUAUUGACGUCAUCUGUGACUACCUGUCGGGCAGCAUCAGUGAGACCACCAAGAACACAAUAUUCCUAUCCCUCUUUGGAGGCCAGGAGAGUCAGCGGCGGCUGAAGAUAUUGAGCAUCUUGGCCAGCAUGGCUGUGUCUGCUUCUAGCACUCCGAUGCUACUAGCAGUAGGAGUGUGGCUGCAGCAGAUGGGCUGCUCGUCCCCACAGUCCCUGCAACUCGUGGAGAAUGUCAUCCGAGACCACUUCCAGCUGAACACAUCCAACCAGGCCGCCCUCAACUCUCUGGCCAGCUCUGCCCCACAGUUUGUGGCUAACUUCAUCACGGCUGUCACUGAGCUGUACAUGAAUGAUGCUCAGGGCAAAGUCAAGAUGCCUCCUAAAAACUUGUUGGAAGUUAUUACUGCUUGGGUCCACGCGCACCCGUCGCUCUGCAUGUCGGCGCAGCUGUCCCCCGCGCCGCUCCCCGCCGGCGCCAUCCCCAUGGCGGCCGUCACGCCGCUCGCCGGACUCGUGCACUGGUGUGCGCGCGCGCCGCUUUAUGUUGAUGAGGAUGUAGAAAUGGAAGAAGCUCCCACCCCGCCCAAAAAAAUCAAAGUGGAAGGCGAGAUCGAGCACAAGAUGAUGAAGACCAAUACAACGAAAUCCCUCUCUGAGUCGGAACUCUACACAAAGCUCCACCUGGGGGUCCUACACAGCCUGCGCGCGGGGCGGCGCACGCACGGGCCGCCUACUGCCGUCAAUGCUCAGCACCUCGCCGCACUGGCGCCCAUGCUGCAGGCCUACUCGCAGGGUGCUGGGGUGCCGGUGGGGGGCGAUGGGAGGCUGCAGGACUGUCUGGACAGGAUAGGGCAGGCGGUGCAGAUAGCCCUCGCAAAUGGCUGCGUGUACGGCAACAUCAGCAGCCUGCUUGCGGUGCUCGACACACUGCCGGAGAACCGCCUGCUCCGGAUCAUCAUCAAGACGCAUCAGCAGGCCAUUUGACAGAUGGUCAUGUGAGAGUGAAUGGGCUGAUUUCAGAAGGACUUAGUGAUAGACGGUGCAGUGUUUGGAAGCAGCAAGUGAGGGAGUUAUGAAUUGGGAUAUGAUAUGUAAAAGUGUACAGUACAUUGAAAACUGUAA